AUGAAGAUCACGCUGCACUUUCUGAGGAAACUGAAGCAGGAGAGGCUGGCUGACUGUUUGCAGAGCAGUAAGAUGUUCUACACUCACUUUUCUCCCAAUUUCAUUAACUUCACACUCACUCUCAAGUCUUAUCUGAAGAAACAAUUCAACUGUGUGUUUGAAGGACUUCCUCAAGCAGGAAGCUCAGUCUCUCUAAAGGAGAUUUACACAGAUCUCUACAUCACAGAGGAGGGGAGUGGAGAGAUCCAGGAGGAACAUGAGGUUCGACAGAUUGAAACCGCAUCCUGGAAACCAGUCAGACCAGAUACAAUGAUCAGACCAGAAGACAUCUUUCAAACUUCACCUCGAGGAGAAAAACCAAUCAGGACAGUUCUUACAAAGGGAGUGGCCGGCAUUGGGAAAACCUUCCUCACAAAGAAGUUCACUCUGGACUGGGCUGAAGACAGAGCCAACCCCGACACACAGUUCACAUUUCCAUUCACCUUCAGAGAGCUGAAUGUGCUGAAGGAGAAGAAGUACAGCUUGGUGGAACUCAUCCAUCACUUCUUCACUGACACCAAAGAAGCAGGAGUCUGCAGGUUUGAAGAGUUCCAGGUCGUCUUCAUCUUGGACGGUCUGGACGAGUGUCGACUUCCUCUGGACUUCCACAACACAGAGAUCCUGACCGACAUCACCGCGUUCACCUCAGUAGACGUGCUGCUGACCAACCUCAUCAGGGGGAAGCUGCUGCCCUCUGCUCGCCUCUGGAUAACCACACGACCUGCGGCAGCCAAUCAGAUCCCUCCUGAGUGUGUGGACAGGGUGACAGAGGUCAGAGGGUUCACUGACCCUCAGAAGGAGGAGUACUUCAGGAAGAGGUUCGGCGAUGAAGAACAGGCCAACAUGAUCAUCUCUCACAUCCAGACGUCACGGAGCCUCCACAUCAUGUGCCACAUCCCGGUCUUCUGCUGGAUCACUGCUACAGUUUUGAAGGACAUGUUGAACACCAGAGAGGGGGGGGAGCUGCCCAAGACCCUGACUGAGAUGUACAUCCACUUCCUGGUGGUUCAGUCCAAACUGAAGACGCUCAAGUAUGAUGGAAAAACUCAACAAGAUCCACUUUGGAAUUCACGUAGUAAAAAGAUGAUUAAUUCUCUGGGGAAGCUGGCGUUUGAGCAGCUGCAGAAAGGAAACCUGAUCUUCUAUGAAUCCGACCUGAGAGAGAGUGGCAUCAAUAUCAGAGCCUCCUCCGUUUACUCAGGAGUGUUCACACAGAUCUUUAAGGAGGAGAGAGGCCUGUACCAGAACAAGGUGUUCUGCUUCAUCCAUCUGAGUGUUCAGGAGUUUCUGGCUGCUCUUUACUUCUAUCAGACCUUCACCAACUCUGGUGUCAAUCUCCUGUCACAGGAACUGUUGCCAAAAAAAACAAAAAACAAAGGGACACUAAAACAUCUAUACUUGAGUGCAGUGGACAAGGCUCUACAGAGUCCUAAUGGACACCUGGACUUGUUCCUCCGUUUCCUCCUGGGUCUUUCCCUGGAGACCAAUCAAAGUCUUCUUCGAGGCCUGCUGACCCAGACAAGAAGAAGCUCAGAGACCAAUCAGGAAUCAGUCGAGUACAUCAAGAAGAAGAUCAGUGAGAAUCUGUCUCCAGAGAGAAGCAUCAACCUGUUCCACUGUCUGAAUGAACUGAAGGAUAAUUCUCUGGUGGAGGAGAUCCAACAGUCCCUGAGAUCAGGAUGUCUCUCCACAGAAAAACUGUCUCCUGCUCAGUGGUCGGCUCUGGUCUUCGUUUUACUGUCAUCAGGAAAAGAUCUGGAUGUGUUUGACCUGAAGAAAUACUCUGGUUCAGAGGAGGCUCUACUGAGGCUGCUGCCGGUGGUCAAGGUCUCCAUAAAAGCUCAGCUGAGUGGAUGUGAACUCUCAGAGAGAAGCUGUGAAGCUCUGUGCUCAGUCCUCAGCUCUCAGUCCUCCAGUCUGACAGAUCUGGACCUGAGUAACAACCACCUGCAGGACUCAGGAGUGAAGCUGCUGUCAGCUGGACUCAGGAGUUCAGACUGUAAACUGGAGACUCUCAGGUUGAAUCAAACUGGGCUCACACAGAGAUGUUGCAAGGACUUGUCCUCAGUCCUCAGCUCUCAGUCGUCCAGUCUGACGGAUCUGGACCUGAGUAGCAACCACCUGCAGGACUCAGGAGUGAAGCUGCUGUCAGCUGGACUCAGGAGUUCAGACUGUAAACUGGAGACUCUCAGGCUGAGUGGAUGUGAACUCUCAGAGAGAAGCUGUGAAGCUCUGUCCUCAGUCCUCAGCUCUCAGUCUUCCAGUCUGACGGAUCUGGACCUGAGUAACAACGACCUGCAGGACUCAGGAGUGAAGCUGCUGUCAGCUGGACUCAGGAGUUCAGACUGUAAACUGGAGACUCUCAGGUUGAGUCAAACCAGGCUGACGGAGGACUGCUGUGAAGCUCUGUCCUCAGUCCUCAGCUCUCAGUCCUCCAGUCUGACGGAUCUGGACCUGAGUAAGAACGACCUGCAGGACUCAGGAGUGAAGCUGCUGUCAGCUGGACUCAGGAGUGAAGACUGUAAACUGGAGACUCUCAGGCUCUCAGGAUGUAUGGUCACAGAGGCAGGUUGUGUCUCUCUGGUCUCAGCUCUGUCCUCUAACCCGUCUCACCUGAGGGAUCUGGACCUGAGCUACAAUCAUCCAGGAGCCUCAGUGGAGCUGCUCUCUGCUGGACUAGAUCCUCUGUUGGAUCAUGGUGGAGAGCAGAGGCUGAAACCUGGUCUGAGGAAAUACGCCUUCGAUCUCACUAUCAACACACACACAGUUCACAGAAAACUCAAAGUGUCUGACGACAACCGGACGAUGACGUCAGUGACGGAGAAGCUGCCGUAUCCUGAUCACCCGGAGAGAUUUGACUCGUGGCCUCAGCUGCUGUGUAACAGUGCUCUGAUUGGUCGGUGUUACUGGGAGGUGGAGUGGAAGGGGAGAGUGAACAUUGCAGUGACCUACAGAGGGAUCAAAAGGAAAGGGGAAGGAAUCGACUCCUGGUUCGGACGAAACAAUCAGUCCUGGAGUCUGAUAUGCUCCGAUGUUGACGGUUACUCAGUGUGGCACCAUCAGAGACGACAGGCCUGUCCUCAGCCGUCCUCGUCCUCCGUCUCUCACAGAGUCGCAGUGUAUGUGGACUGUCCCUCUGGAAUGCUUUCCUUCUUCAGCGUCUCCUCCGGGAUGUUGCUCCACCUCCACACCUUCUACACCACUUUCACCGAACCCGUCUACCCCGGGUUUGGGUUUGCGUACGAGUGGCCGGGUUCAUCAGUGACCCUGUGUUCACUGUAGGAUGCUAAUAAUCAACAUUAUACACAAACACACACAAAAUGAUUCUCACAGCAACUAACCACAUUUUAUAAAUCUGACUAACAACAAGUAAGUUCUUAAUUAUACGAUUAUUGUAAAAAAAAUUCUCAUUACAGAUGUCCUUUUAAAAACUUUAGCUUUUUAUAAACUCUUAAUAAAAACUGGACGACAGGACGGCUCCCAAAAGUGAAACCAAAUAGUCUUGAUCGCCCCCUAGUGGCUGGCUGCAGUAUAAACCCCUCUUCCUCCAUGUUAGUGGAUGGGACAUGGACCAAACAAAAAAAUCUAAGUAGACGUUAAAUAAUGUUUGUCAAUGAUGUUUCUGUCAUUUCAGGUCGUUCUUAUCGCUCUGAUGUUUGUUCAUGUUUCCAAUCAGUUUGGAUUGAUUAGUUAUUUGAUGAUAUAAAAACAAGCUGACACGUCAUGAUUGACAGCUGACACUGAAGAUCACUACUGCACAUACUGUGACUGCAAAUGACAUCAUCAUCACAAAAUGACAGCGUUUGUAUCUGAGAUAUUUUGGCUUCAUUCCUGGAGGUGGAGUCG